UUGAGCAAUCACGUUACAUGUCAUGAAAUAGUGUGAUUUUAAGUUCAACCGAGAAAUAGUUUGACAUUGUUUGGUAAAACCAAGCUAUUUCAAAAAAAACAAUUUUGAGCAAUGUCUCAUCUUAAUAAUACUGACGAUAAUUUGGAAUGUCUAUCCUCCUCAUUUAUCGGCCAAAAUUCAAUGAAUGCUUCCGCUCGAUCCAGAUCAGUCGGUCCAAUUUCCAGUCCAGAUUCUCGCAAUCGAUCAACUUCAAACGAUUGGACAGUUACUUUUUGUGACCUAGCUCGCACUGUUAAUGUAAAUCUGCCUCAUGAGAUUGCUAGAAACGUUUUGACAUUAAUCCGAUUGGGUGUGCCUCCCGAUGAUAUCUAUGUAUUUCUUCGAGAAUGUCUUACAUACAGCCGUUUCAACAUACAUCAACAACAAUGAUAAUAACAACAAUUUAUUAGACCAUCUUUUU